CAGGAUGGUGAAGCUGGGCAACAAUUUCAGCGAGAAGAGCACAAAGCAGCCGCUCCUGGAGGAUGGCUUCGACACCAUCCCCCUCAUCACGCCCCUGGACGUCAACCAGCUCCAGUUCCCACCUCCGGACAAGGUCGUGGUCAAAACGAAAACAGAAUAUGAACCUGACCGCAAGAAGGGAAAGUUCCGCACUCCUAAAAUAGCUGAAUUCACAAUCAGCAUCACCGAAGGGGUCUCGGAAAGAUUUAAGGUAACUGUGCUGGUUCUUUUUGCCCUUGCAUUCCUAACGUGUGUUGUAUUCCUGGUAGUCUACAAGGUUUACAAGUAUGAUCACACCUGUCCAGAAGGAUUUGUUUUCAAGAAUAAUCAGUGCAUUCCAGCUGGAUUGGAAAACUACUACUCCGAGCAAGACUCCAGUGCCCGAGGGAAAUUUUACACGGUCAUAAACCACUACAACCUGGCCAAGCAAACCAUCACGCGCUCCGUGUCGCCCUGGAUGACGGUGCUGUCGGAAGAGAAACUCUCGGAACAGGAGACUGAGGCUGCUGAGAAAGCAGCUUAGCUCAGAUAAGCUCAUUAUUACCAGAAUGUCAUUUGAAGGUAACUAAGGGACUUUAAGGAACUUUUCAUUGAUUAUAAUUACGGAUAAUUUAGAGGUUACUCAUGUUUAUGGUGCAAUUGCUUCUGUUUGCUGAUACUGCUUUGCAAAAAAAAAGAGCAACCAAACAAAAAUUUGCUGCAGACCAUUCAUGGGCAUAAAGCAAGGUGCAUAUCAGCAUCGCUUUAGAGCUUUGACACCAUUUUCAAUGUUUAAGAAAUCCAAUGUUAUAUAUGGUCUUGUAACUUAUUGGAUGCUGACAGAUUUCUUCAUGGGAUUUUGCAGGGCUUGAAACUUAGAUAAAUCAUGUGUUCUGUUGUCUGAACUGGCACUUACUUUAUUUAUUCUUUUUCUUAUUGUUAGUCAUUUUGCAAACUGAAACAUCACAGCCAUAACUAGAGUGAUCUCUUGUUUAGCUAAGAGCUGUGUCUUUAUUUGAUUUCUGCUCAAACAAGAAUGGUAAAUCAGCAUUGAUAGCAAGAGCAUAAUAUAAUGAUUGGUAUGGAGAAAGGAAAGAUAUGUGAGGUAGCUUUUUUCUUACAUUUCUUUACUGUUGUUGAUUUGUAAGUGAUAAUGAAGUUCUCUGCAACACGGCAUGCUCAAUGUUUUAUUAUUGCUGUCAACAGGAUUUAACUGCAUUUUCCACUGUGGCUUUAGCGUCUUGGUAAGGAUGUGCACAGAAACAUGAACUAGAUAAGACACUAUGGAAAAACACAGGCAUUUUUAGUAAUGGAUGUUGAGGCUAGUGUAA